UAAUCUUCACGAUGUCAAAGCCAGGAGAGGAGAAGGUCUCUGAAAUAUCUGAAAUAUCUCCCGCCUUAUUCCUGGAUACCAGUGGACAUUCAAUGCGCUUCUAUGUGAGACCCGGUCCAACUAAAACGCAGCUUUACCCUCUGAUAUCUAAUGGCGGAGGCAUUCUGUGUCGCAAUCAAGAGCCCGGAGCCAUUUUGCUGGUUGAUCCGGGUGACGUGACCAGUGCGAUGGCGAGCACUGGGCAGACGUACAUCUCUACGAAAUUCAUCCGAGAUUGUGCAGAGCAGAACCAGCAGUUGGACCAGGACGACUAUGUGAUCAGCGUGGGACCGUCUGUCCAGACGAGGAUGGCUGCCCGUCACCAUGGCACCGGGCGGCUGGGUUAUUCGGCUGAAGACGACGCCGCUAUUGUGAAGUUCAUGGAAAAGCGGCAGCAUGAAGCCAAAGGAAACCUGGUUUGGAAAGAAAUGGAGAAGCGGCAUGUGACCGACCACAGCUGGCAGUCCAUGAAGGAUCGGUUUCUAAGGCUCCUUCAGCACAAGCCCAUGGAGAAAAGCCCCUUUAAAAGAAAAGCUCUUCUUUUUACUCAAAGCCCCUUAUCGAAGAAGAAAGGGACUCAAACCUCAGAACCAGAGGCUGAUACUGAUACCUCACGAAAGUCACCUCGAAAGUCCGACGCUGUGUCGGAUUCAUCUGAAACGCAAAUCUCCACAGAGUGUCCAACUGUUAGGACCAUCCCUCCUCCUCCUCCUGAGAGAGCCAGUUCUCCCCCAGAGGCGGCCAGCGAGUCUCCACAUGACCGUCAGGACGAGUCUUGUGUCCCGGUCCAAGAGCAAGAAACUCCAGGGCCUGAAAUGUCCAAAAGUCCUAGAUUAGACGAAGAUCGUGAUGGACAAGACAUUCCAGAUGGAUCAAGUGAACAACCAUCUCUCAACAAAACAAAACAAACAACCUGUAAAACCUCCACAGCUGAUUCUAAGAAACUUGGGAUUCUUGCAAAAGCCGCAAGAGAAUUUGAGGACUCGGAUGUGAUGGAUGAAAGUGAAGAAGGGGAAGACCCAUGUGAAGCCCCGAUCGUCCAGCCCUCAGACGCACAUGAAGGUUCAGCGUCGCCUGCAACAUUUGCCAGGGAACCAGAGAGCCAAGCUGAGCACCACGAGGAAGCCCGGCAGGAUCCAGCAGCAGCUGAGGAAGAGGAGCGUCCCGGGCCCAGUUCCACAGCGUUCAACGCCCACGCAUUCAUGUUCGACUCCGAGUCACGGGAACCAAACCACAGCCAGGCCGGAGGAACGCCAGAGGAAACCCUCUCCCGGCUCCUGGUGGACGUCAAGGCGCAGGUCAAGAGCUUGAUGAGAGAGAGUAAGAAAGACCUGGUUGAGGUGACCAAGGCGCUGUUGAAAGCCAACGGUGACUUUGCACGUGCUCGGGUGUAUCUGAUCGACGGGUACGAGCAGGAGAUUCACGGCCCGCUCUGGAAUCAUCUGGAUGACGAGGUCCUCCUGUUGGCUGAUUCGUAUGAACUUGAGCAGCUUCAGUCGAAGUUCGGAGAGGAGGAAGUGAGCAGGAGAAGAGCCUUCCUCACGGCUGGCAAAAACUGAGAGGAUUUGCUGUGGCUUGG